CGUCAGCCGUUUUCGGCUGGUUCCUGCGCAAAUUCGCCGAUUGAUCCGGCCCGACGUUCGCCCGACGAAAGUCGCAUCACCGCCGGCGGACAACGGCUACAGACUAUUUUCUCGCGGACCGCUGUACUUACGUUACGUAACAAGGUAUCCAAAAUCCCUCCUAUUAACGAACGCCCAACGGCCAGCAACAUUUCAUUUGAGAAGGGAGGCGUGUAUAACGUAACCAAGCCAUGCACCCAUCAGCUGCGGCUGUCAUCUGUUUCUCGUGGCGUGAGAUUGGAGCCACAGAUGGAAGAGCCCUCAGAGAUGGACACAGUUCCUUUGUUAACCCCAACCAUGGAAACAGAAUUGCUAAAAGAACCCUGGGUAUUUCCACAAUCCAAGGUGAAUCAAAUAAAAGAAGAGGAGAAAGCAACGUCCUCCACUUGGGAGGAAAACUUUCAGGAUUUAAGCAGCUGGUGCAUGGAGACGUACCAGGGUCAUUGCGAUUUUCAUACAGGUGAAUCACCUGCUUUUAAACUAUCAGGUACGAAAUACGAGGGUAAUAGUGCUUUGUCUUCACAAGAGGGGGUAUUGAAAGAUUUGAUAAGUAUAGCGGAUAAAGAGAAGUGGAAUGUAAAAAUGGAUAGUGCUGAGACAACCAAAUACUUCAACACCAACAGUCACAGCUUGCAAUCUACACCAAAAGUAACUAGCAAAUGCGAGAGAGAAGAUAGUACCGCUGAAUCUACUACAUCUAACACGUGGUUAAGGCUAUCCAAAGUAACAACAUCCAGCGCAAGUACAAGCUCAUGGAGUAAACAGAUUACCACAACCGCUAGUACAUCAAACCAACCCAGGUAUCAAAUAGGAGACAUUGAUUUGGACGAUGCUUGUCCGACUUCGUUCGACUCUACCGAAACUCAACGCGAACCGUGGGAUGUAUUGCGCACGGUUGAGACCAACGGAUCAGAUUCAUUUGACCUGUUGUCAUAUCUUUGUGAUGAUGAAAUGCGUUCGCCAGAGGGCAGCGUUUCAACGGAUUCAUCAGUGUUGUCGAAACCGUGGUCAACCGCUGACUCAUCCCCGAGUAUACCGCAGCCGUACGAAAUAGUGAAAGCAGAGAACAAGUCGACCGUUCAAGAACCCGUGCAAACACGGGCAGCAUCAACAGUAACAUCGUCUGCUGCAGAAUCACCCAUAGUAUCUUCCCGUAAAUCGGAAAGGCUAAGGACAUCCGUCACUCACAAGGUGGAGAAGACCUACAAUAGGAUAGGGAAACGCGAGAAAUCAGGAAGAAGACGUUGCGUCGAGACCAGCUCGGAAGACAGAUCGUUCGCUGUGCAUUACCGCGAGUCCAGGGAAAAGAACAACGAGGCGUCGCGGAAGUCUCGUAUGAACAAGAAAGCGAAGGAGUCCGAGAUGGCGACGAAAGCGAUCGAAUUGGAACGGGACAACAGGAUAUUGAAAAUGAAAGUCGAAGAACUUGAGAAACUCGUAACAUCGAUGCGCAGUGCGUUAUUAAGAUCUGCUUUGAAAAAGGAGUUCUAAACACAAGUUUUUCUUUAUUUUUA